AUGUCAAGAAGCAAUCGGCUUCUAUAUGAUGAAUCAGAGGUCCCUCCUAUUAAUCGACUUCAACGAAAUUAUUAUUACCAAAACCAUGAUUAUGUUAGUAAUAAUAUAUUACAUCAACGAAGUAAUAGAAUUGAGCAAAAUCAUCUUGUAAGUAAUUCACAUUUGUUUGCAAAUGCCAAUAAUAAUACAUUGAAGGCAUUCUCAAAUCGAUCAACUAAACAAUCAACUGUUGUUCAUAACAAUAGUAUUCAUCCAUAUAACAAUAUUAAUCAUUUCAAUAACAAUGCAGCUGGUCUUCAUAAUUAUUCAAAUAAGUUGAGCGUUGCAAAACUAAUUGAUUCCGCUCAUGAAGAUAAUCUUCAUUUACAAAGAAAUGCACUUCACCCUCCAUAUACCCAAUCUCAAGCCAGUUCGUCAUUAUUAUCAUUACCUCAACCAAAUUUCCACAAUUAUCAGCAACAGCAACAAGAUUUCCAAAAUACAAAUAUGAAAUAUCAACCUUGGAAUAGUCCUGUAUAUAAUACCAACACUAACUAUCUCUCCAAAUUAAACCAUGGAAAUAACCAUUUCCCUUCUAUUCAACAUCCAAAUCAUAUAGCUAAUACGUUGCCUGUGCCAUAUCCAAAAACAAGCGCAACUUAUUACCAUCCAAAUAAGAUUCUACCAGAUCCAAAUGAAUCUCAGCCUGUUCAACAACAUCCUAUGCCACAAUAUAAGAAAGCUACUAUACUCUUUACUUCCAAUGGUACGGAGAAUAAAUCGAAUCAACGUCAUUCAAAUACUGAAAACGAUUCCAACCAUAGUAUACAUGAACAACAAAAUUCAUUGCAGGACAAUGACCAAGCGUAUGCUAGUAAAUCUCCUAAACAAGAUUUCGAGUAUCUUUUUUGUAGUACAAAUUUAAGUACUUUUAUUCAAGAUAGUCAAAAAAAAUUAUUUAGAUAUAAAAGAGCCAAAAAAAUAAAAUUUUAUGAAUGCAAAGUUUGUCAUAAAACGUUCAAAAGAAAUUCAUGGUUGAAAAGACAUUUCUUUUCACAUUCAAAACUUAAAAAUUUCAGUUGUAAUUGGUGUUCUGGAAAAUACAAACGGAAGGAUAAUUUAGUACAACAUAUAAGGAAGAAACAUAGGGACAAAACUAAUAAGGAACCUAAUGAGCUUGAAAACAAAAGCGACGAACCUGUCGUGAAUGUAACAUCAACACCAGGACUAAUCGACACAGAUAGCCAAUUAUUGAAUGACGUUUCAGAAAAAUGA